AGCUGCCCUCAUGUAAAUGAUUGAACUGCCCUCAGUCAUGCUGAUAUGAUACCACGGAGACUUCAAGCGGAGAAUUUUUUGAUGAAACCAAAUAGAUAAGAGAACCACAACAGAGAACAUGCUGGGCUCUUUGGUGCUGGUUUGGAUUUUUAUCUGCCUGCUCUUCCUCUUCAUCAAGAUCCAAAGACCCAAGAACUUCCCCCCUGGACCCCGGCCUUUGCCUAUAUUCGGGAACGUGUUUCAGCUGAACAUUUCCAAUCCUCUGAAGGACUUUGAGAGGAUUGCUGAGCGCUAUGGGAAUGUGUACAGUCUGUAUUUUGGAGGAAGACCAGCAGUAAUUCUAACUGGAUUUAAAGCUGUAAAGGAAGCUCUGGUGACCAAGGCUGCAGACUUUUCAGGACGCCCACAAAACGUCUUAGUGAGCCACAUCACAGAAGGGAAAGGUAUCGUAUUUGUUGACUAUGGUCCUUAUUGGAAGGAGCAGCGGCGCUUUGCUCUCAUGUCCCUGAGGAACUUUGGUCUGGGGAAGCAGUCUAUGGAGGACAGAAUUCUGGGAGAGAUCCAACAUCUUGUUGCAUGCUUGGAGAAAAGUGUUGGAGGAUUCAUGAAUCCAGACACUUUGUUCCAUGAAGCUGCAUCAAAUAUAAUCUACUUGGUUUUAUUUGGUAUCCGCUAUGAGUAUGGCGAUGAAACCCUUAAACAGUAUGUCACUAGCUUUGUCGAAACUACAAAGAUUGCCAAUGGAUUCUGGGGAAUGAUAUAUGAUACAUUUCCAGCGUUGAGAUGGCUUCCCCUUCCCUAUAGAAAGGCUCUGAAACAUUCUGCGUUAGUGAGAAAAAUCAAUGCAAAUUUGGUCAACAAACACAAACCAACAAGAGUCCCAAAAGAACCCAAAAACUUUGUAGACUGCUUUCUGGACGAGAUGGAUAAGACAUCAAAUGAUGGGUCCUCCUUUAGUGAAAAACAGCUUGUGAGCUCCGUCAUGGAUCUCCAUGCUGCUGGAACGGACACCACAUCCAACACCCUCCGAACAGCACUCCUGUACCUCAUAACAAAUCCAGACAUUCAAGAAAAAUGUCAGAGGGAGAUUGAUGAGGCUCUAAAGGGUAAAGCUCAUGCAUCAUUUGAGGACAGACACGACAUGCCGUACACCCAGGCUGUGAUCCACGAGUCUCAGCGUAUCGCCAAAACAGUCCCCCUGAGUGUACCCCACUGCACCACCAGAGAUACUGAACUGAUGGGCUUCAGCAUCCCAAAGGAUACUCUUGUCUUCCCAAACCUCGCAUCAGUGCUGAGUGAGGAAGGCCAGUGGAAGUUUCCUCACGAGUUCAAUCCAGUGAACUUUCUGAAUGAUCAGGGCCAGUUUGAGAAGCCUGAGGCCUUCCUGCCCUUUUCUGCUGGACCCCGUGUGUGUCUUGGUGAAGGUCUGGCUCGUAUGGAGCUCUUCCUCAUCUUGGUCACUCUGCUGCGCCGCUUCCAGUUCUUUUGGCCUGAAGAUGCAGGAGAACCAGAUUUCACUCCUGUAUAUGGAAUCACGCUCACACCAAAACCCUACAGGAUGGGAAUCAGGCGGAGACAGGCAGCUAAGGACAUGUAGAACAACUGUAAAUUAAAAUGUCAUUUAAAAAAAGAUGUUUUAUUCUAGAAACUCUACAAUUUAAGACAGUUAAAAUAAUCCAGGUUAAAUGAAUAAUAAUGUUGUUGAUUGCAGCUACCAAACCCAAAUCCACAUACUACAAAUGAUACGCUUCUAAUGGAUUUCCCAGAAGUCAAUAAAUAAACCAGACAUGGUACAGAGUGAAAUCUAGUUACUGCUGUCCCACUGCUCUCUGUUCCUCAACAAACAUAUCUUAUCACACUAUCAGAGUCAUGCAUGUCAGCACAUUUAUACGCUUAAUAGAGUCUGGCUUAUUUUCGAAGCCAAGAUACAAACAAGUACAUUAUCUGGCUUUCAGAUAAGUUAUAAACAUAAUAAUAACUAAAUAUAUGACAUAACAUUUCUGUUUUUGCUGUAAAUCCAGUUUAGUUUUCUGCCUAAACUUAUAAACAUUGUGGCACAGGGUUUUAAGGGUCUACAUAGAAAAGCAGACCCAUUUUGAUUAUUUUGGCUUUAAAAUGCUCUUUUUAAAGUAGUUAGUGUACAGCUUAUUUAUAUAGAUUUAUAUAUAAUUUGAGUAAAUUUGCUGUGCCCUCAAAACAACUCAACCCACAGCCAUUAAUGUCUCAUGAUGGAACUAACAUACAUGUGUGGCCAGACCAAUAUAUUCCAAUAUAUAUUUACAUAGAAUUUAGUUGCUUGCUGCUUUGUUUCAUACAAAAAUGUAACAAAAUAUAGACAGAAUAGUAUGAAUUUGAGCAAAUAAAAAAUAAAUUACUUUUUUCAGUACAUUGUCAUAGAAAAUUGUCUGAAUACACUGUAAUAAAUGAACACUACUAGAAGUGCAAAAUACACAGCAUAUAGUACUGUAUAGAAACUAUAUUAUAGUAAAUAUACUUGUUAAUGUACAUUAAUAAAGGCUACUUUACUUUAUCAAUGUUAUUAUAAAUCUAUAUUGGUUUAAUUGCUUAAAUACAGUUUGCCAUAAUGUUAGCAUAGUUUAAAUAUAAUGUCUUAGUAUAAGCUAUACCAAAAAAUAAGCUAUAUAUAUAUAUAUAUAUAUAUAUAUAUAUAUAUAUAUAACAGGGCUACCUAAAGCAAGCAAUGUUAUUAAAAUAUUAUAUUGCCUAAUGUAAGGAUAGUUUAAAUGUAAUGUUUUAGUAUAAGGUAUAAAUUAAAUACUAAAUAAUAAGCUAUAAAUAAUGUGAAUAUAAUAACACGUUUAAAUAAGAGAAAACAAAAAUAUAUGACAUUAAUUAAACUAAAUAUUUUAGAAAUUUCAUUGACUAAAACUACACUAAAAUGUUUUGCUUUCGUCAAAUAAAUAAGUGACUAAAUCUAUUAUACAUUAUAAUGAAAAGACUAAGACUAAAGCUAAUAUAAGAUUAGAUUAGAUUAACUAAUACUGAUAUUUGGGACAAUGACAUUGUUAACUCUGCCCCAACCAACAGAAACAACAACACCACUGAAAAGAAUGAUUUUAUUUUUUAUAUAUGUUUAAUAUUAUAUAAGCAAUACUAAUUUAUCUUUACAAUGUGUGGAAGUUUGCCUAUUGAUGAUAAGAUUUCACCUUGCAUCUGCAGGGGUCCAGCCACCAGGGGGAAGCAAGAGGCUGAGGCAUUUUUAAUCACAAACCCCUAUUCUGCUCACACUAAACUCAGAGUGAUAUAGAUCACUGAACUCAUCAAUUUCAUUUUACAAAUCAUGCUGUGGUUUUAUUUCUUAUUGUUGCAGGAUGUUUUUUUAUUAGCAUAAUGUACCUACAUUAAUCUAUAUAAAAUAUUUCUUAUUGACUCAGGCUAAAUGUUGUUAAAUUACAAAACAUUUCUUAUAUAUCUCAAAAAAUAUGACAUAUGAAUAUCAACAGAUUUUAAAUAUUUGUAUGAGCUUAAAAAAGUGUGAUAAACUAUGAUAUUCAGUCAACUGUAAUAAAGAUGCAAUUAAAAGCUAUUAUUUUGCUUCUCGCUGUAAAUCUGCUGAUUUUCUGGUGAUGUAAUCUUUUAAUAAACCAAACUCCUAAUUAAUUAUUA